UUCUGUGCAUCCUAGGAACCUGCAUGCUAUGCCUUGUGUUGGAAUAAGAGGGAAAACCCCACUGACCCUAGAGCGCCCUUCUCUGACUCAGAGCAGCUGGUGUGAAGCUAGAGGCUAGGUGUAAGGUGAUGGCCUCAGCAAUAGAUGGGUGGGUGUUUUCAUUCUGCAGCCUGCAGGACACGUGCAUAAGCCUGAGCGUCAUCAGGGGACAAGGAAGGCAUGUGUCUCUCCUGCUUUCCCAGAGCCCUGAAGGUGUCCAGUUAUUUAAGGGCCAAGUAGCAUUUUUGACCUAACGGAGAUCUGUAGGGCCAACAUUUGGGAGAUGAAGGUACCCAAUAAAUACCAAAAGGAUAUCCUAUUAAUAUUUGAUUGAAUUUGGUGCAUCUGGUUAGGGAACACUUUUUAACAAUAAAGUCUAACUUCCUCUUUUAGAGUGUCCAAGCCCCUCCUUGCAAAAUUGCCAUCUUGUCAUCUCAAGCAGAGGCUUCACAGCAACAACUUGUUUUCCACCAACUCCCCACCACUUGGAGAUGGAUUACCCUAUGGAAGGUCUUCCAAACAUUUCUGACUACGAUUAUUCAAACUUCACAGAGGUACCUCUCAGUGUAGAGAGAAGCUUGAGUCCCAUCAUCCUGCUGGCCCUUGUCCUCUAUGCCCUGGUGUUUCUAGUGGGCACACUGGGCAAUGGGGCUGUCAUCUGGGUGCUGGGGUUCCAGAUGCAGCGCACAGUGAGCUCAGUCUGGUUCCUUAACCUCUCGGUAGCAGAUCUUCUCUGCUGCCUGUCUCUGCCUGUUCUGGCUGUGUCCCUCGGCUCCGGUAAUCAUUGGGUGCUGGGAGAUUUUGGCUGCAAGCUCUUGCCCUCUAUUGUCAUCCUCAACAUGUUUGCCAGCAUCCUGCUGCUGACCCUGAUCAGCAUGGAUCGAUGUGCCCUUGUGGUGAAGCCCGUCUGGUGCCAGAAUCACCGUUCGACCCGCUUAGCCUGGAAACUGUGUGGUGCAGCCUGGGCUUUUGCCACCUUCCUCACUCUGCCCUCCUUCGUAACCAGAAAAACACAAUACUACGAGUUUCAUCACCUGACGCUCUGUGUGGUCGACUAUGGCCUCUUUGGUAUAAAUCACCAAACUGCUGAGGUCUCUGUGGCCACCAUACGCUUCCUCACUGGCUUCCUGGUCCCUUCGGUAGCCCUCAGCCUCUUCUACGGGGUGCUGGUUCUGCGUGUGCGCAGUGGUCGCUUCACACGCUCCAAUAAGACUCUGAAAAUGGUUGUGGUGGUUGUGGUGGUCUUUUUUGUCUGCUGGGCUCCUUAUCACGUGAUUGGCCUGAUUCUGGCCAGUAAGUCUCAGAGCAGCCCCCUCUUCCAAUCCCUGAUCCAGCUGGACCCUCUGACUGUGGCUCUCGCCUGCACCAACAGCUGCAUCAACCCCAUCAUCUAUGUCAUUGCAGGCCAAGACUUCAAGGCUAAAAUCCUGCGCUCGCUGAGUGCUGUGUUGCACAACGUCCUGAAUGAGGAACUGUCAACAGCCCCCUCCCAGAGAACAACAGAGGAUCAGAGCAUAAACACAACCUUGUAAGCCCUUCCCAAGCAAGUCUUUUGUGCUUCUAGCUAUACGCCUGCUCCCCUCCGGCUGGAAACGUGUUUACAGCAGCUCUCUCUGGCCAUUCUGUACUAGUUUUGCUAUGAUGCAGUAAUUGUAGCUGACUCUCGGAUCACUGCUUCCCCCUUAUUCCAUGAUAAAAAGAAAUAGGUGAACAGAAAUGUACCUAAACUUUCAUGUAUUGCUUCAGUAUGUCUGUGUAUAUGUGUAC